GUAGAAACCACGUUUUUAGAGGUAAUUAUACCUACUCAUCUACACAACAUUACUACGCCUCACAAUAUAUCUCAAUGUCUUCAACAAGUGAGCCGAAGAAUGACGACUCAGCCUCCCAAAGAGUUGAUCGAGUACACAAAUGGAGAGACGAUAUUGCUGUGGAGCAAAACACAGCUGAGGUCGUAGCCCGAUUGCAUACAACCAGUCGAGAACUAUACAAAGCAUUUCUACUAGAAUUACGCGAUAAGAACCGACAGUCAAAAUCCCAGUAUCGGCAGCUCGAAAGCGGAUAUACAAACUACUUGAUAUGGGCUGAUGACUACGGAGUACUAGAUGGUAGUCUGGAUGCUAAGCUCCAAACCUCCCAGCGUCUGCUAAAGUUCACCACCAAGUUAUUGAUCAAUAUAUGCACCAUGCUAUGGAAAGUGUGCUGGACGUACGAAUUCGUGAGAAGCGAUGCACAUUUGCAAAAUCUGUACCAAGUUGCCUCAAUUACGGCAGAAGAAAGCUCACAUAUAGUUCACGGCAUCAAUGACUAUUCCGACAGCGAAAGUGAUAUAAGUGAUGAUGGAGAGGAGCUUGAUGCCCAUGAAGAAUCUCUACAGGUUGCCUCUGAGACAUUGUUAGACGAAAUUGGAAAUCUUUUAGACCUUGGACCAAGGCUAGAAGAACCAGUACCUGAUUAUUGCACGAAGAAGCAGCCGCCAAUCCCCAAACCUUCUCCCCCUUGGAACGCCGUACAAUAUUUCGCUGAUACCGUCUCAACUAAGUUUCCUAAAUGCGAUGGCACCUUAGCCAAUGCACUAGGCAGAUCAAAUUGGGAUUCUAUGAUAAGACUACUCACGAGUCGAGAAGCCAUAUCAAAUGUUAAGAGCGGAGAACACAUAGGGGUGAAAAUGCCAAUAUCGGCCGAUAAACAAGCAACCGGUUUCAAAGAUUCUGGCUUGGGAACAAGUAUGCCAUCUACUAAUCUUUAUGCUGCAACCGUUGUCUCCUAUCGUAGGGAUGGGGACACAAGAGCAAGGAUACCUCCGCAACCAAAAAACAUAAAAGGAGGCCAGUUAUUCCAGUGUAUUGCAUGUGGGGAGAAUAUAAAGAAAGGAAGCACGAAAGCAUGGAAGCAGCAUUUACUAGCUGACCUCAAACCAUGGGUUUGCUGCGACAUUUCUUGUCCGUGUGAGCGUAGACCCUUCGACAGUCGAGAAGAAUGGGUUGAGCACCUCAGAAGAAAUCACGAGAUACAUCCUGAAUGGGAUGACAAAACCUGUCCUAUUUGCUCCGAGGUAGUGGUUGGCGGCGGCUAUGCAAUGAUUUCCCACGUGGCACUUCAUCUGGAAGAGAUCUCUCUCACAGUCUUGCCAUGUGAUCCUGAUAACGACGAUGUGGAUGAAAAUCUAGCAAAUUUGGAUCUCAAUAAAACUAAAUCGUUUCAUAGAACAUGGCAAGAAGAUGCCAGCCCCUCUCUGUUUGGUGGCGGUGGUAGCGGUGGUGGCGGUGGUCGCUCAUUGGUAUUAGAAAACGGAGAAAGGAUCAACAUUUGGUAUUGUUGUCAAUGUUCGGAAGGUCCGAUGGUUGUCCUGAACACCCCGGUUUGUGUAUUUUGUAAUAGUCACAUCAGGUGCCCUAACUGCUGACUAGGAUAGGCUUUUGCUAGGCCAG